UACUCUGAGAGCGAGUUUAGCAGCAGUCAGAUGGUGGAAUGCUUCGGAGAGAAGCAAUCCGUUCGGUCCAUCAUUGCGAAAGGAAAAGGGGCGGUGAUAGAGGAAGAAGAGACAUGGCAUCUAAAGACGUAACUGCCUCUUGUUUCGUCAGUGUGAGCAGGGAUAUUACAGAGAGUAUCAGGAAGAUUGUUGACAAGUCAUCCAUCAAGUUUAUACGCGGCAUUAAGCUUGACACCAAAAAUGGCAAGUCAGAGGACCGGAUACUGGUCCUCACAACAUGGAGACUCUAUUUCCUGACAGCCAAGGUUCCAACAAAGAUUGAGGUGACAUUUAACUUCUUGGAGAUCCGAGCCAUGAACAGUCACCCAGAGUUUCAGGUCGUCAUAGACUUGGACAAGUCCACUUAUUCCCUGAGGCUUCAGUCACGUGACCACCUCAGUCAUGUGGUCAGCCACGUUAACUUUGCCCUGUCCAGAAUAUUCAACAACUCUGUUUUCUCUCCCUCCAUCUGUCAUUCAGACAGUGACCUUUCUGAGGGAAGCAGGAAGUACUCCCCCAGCUCAGAGACGUCUGUUGAAACCCAGAGGGCCUGUGGAGGGUUUUCCGAGACCUACGCUGCCCUGUGUGACUACAAUGGAAUCAGCUGCAAGGAGGAAGUGCAGUGGGAUGUGGACACUAUCUAUCACUCUCAAGACAACAGGGAGUUUAACCUAGUGGACUUCAGCCACCUGGAGAGCAGAGACUUGGCAGUGAUUGUGGCCUCAAUGGCAUACAACACCUGGUUCACCAAACUAUACUGUAAGGACCUACGCAUAGGGUCAGAGGUCAGUGAGCAGGUUUUGCACACACUCAGUAAGUCCUCCAGCCUAGAAGAGCUCACUCUGGAGAAUGCUGGUCUCAAAUCUGACUUUGCGCAGAAGCUGUCAGUUGCGCUCUCAGAGAAUCCUGCUUCUGUCAUCCACUCUCUGAACUUGGCACACAACACAUUGGACAACCAAGGUGUGUCUAACCUCAUCCAGCAGGUGUGUCGUCUCAGCAAAGGACUGCGUCUCCUCAACCUCUCCAAGACCUCCCUUAACUCCAAAGGUGUGGUGUCUCUGUCUCAGGCUCUGUGCUCCAGUGAUGAGUAUUCCAACUCUCUACUGCACCUGGACCUGAGCAAGAACCCUGGGGUCCUGUCUGGGGAGGACGCUUCGAAUCUGUACCUUUUCCUUUCCCAGCCUAAUUGUCUGGUCCAUUUGGACCUGUCUGACACUGACUGUGCUGUUGACUCUCUAUUUGGGGCUCUGCUGAGGGGGUGUUGUGCUGAUCUCUCCUACUUGAAUCUCUCCAAAAAUUCCUUCUCACACAGGAAAGUGAAGGAGACCCUGCCGUUGUUCCGUCAGUUCUUCAGCUCGGCCUUCAGUCUCACCCAUGUCAGCCUGGCCUCUAUGAAGCUACCCCCUGAUGCCCUGAGGUCUCUUUUCAUAGGUCUGACCACAAACCCUCACAUUAAUGACCUUCACCUGGACAUCAGUGGCUGUGAGCUGAAAUCUGCAGGAGCUUCUGUGAUCCAGGAGCUGUUCCCCAGGGUCUCCUCCAUCGCCACUCUGGACAUCUCUGACAACGGGCUGGAUGCAGACCUUCUCUCAGUCCUACCAGCUCUCUCCAGACACACCUCCCUAAAGCACCUGUAUCUGGGCAAGAACUUCAACAUCAAGAGCAGCAGGGUGCUGGAGGAAAUCCUACAGAAGCUGGUCCAACUCAUACAGGAGGAGGAAUGUGCCCUCCAGUCCCUCUCCCUGGCUGACUCGCGGCUGCGUUCUCGCGGUACAGUGCUAGUAAAUGCCCUGGGUAGUAACACCUGCCUACGUAAAGUCGACCUGAGUGGGAACAGCCUGGAGGACAUUGGAGCCAAGAUGCUGAGCAAAGCCCUACAGAUCAACACCACACUCAGGAGUGUGACGUGGGAUCGUAACAACACCUCAGCUACAGGAUUCCUGGAUGUGGCUCGAGCCCUUGAACAUAACUUCACCUUGCAGUACAUGCCCCUCCCCCUCAGUGACAUCAGCCAGGCGUACCGUAGCACCCCCGAGAGGACAGAGCAGGCACUGACCAAGAUCCAGCGUGCCCUGCUGAGGAACAACCAGACUCAGCGCUUCUCUCAGAGACAGGCUCUACGGCUGCACCAGGGCCUGGUCACCAGCACUGCUGAACAGGUGAUGGAGCGUCUGUGUGUGCGUGUACAACAGCAGGUGUGUGUGCUGCGUGGAGUAGGGGAGAUGGAGGAGAUUCAAGCUGCUAAACAAGUGCUGAAGGAGGCCAGGAACUCUCGCGCGCUGUACCCCUCCCUCUGUGAGCUAGCUCAUGUGCUGUCAGUAGAUGGGCCAGUCAGACAGAGACUGGACUCACUGGCAGGAGAACUGGCCAAGGCAGCUGACAAGGAACUACAGGUGAUAGUUGACUCCAUGGUGUCUCUCUGUCGUGAGCUGUGUCCGCUGUCCUCCUCUGCAGCAGAGAGAUUGAGUCCUCCGCUCUCGUCCGUCUCUGAGCGUGUGUCCAUCCCUCGCUCAGCCAUCCGUACGGCCCUGAUGGAGCGAGCAGCUCAGGACAUCCACCGCGCGCUGGAAGAGGUGAAGCUCUCAGUGGUUUCCUAUCUCACCAACUCCAUUGUGGAUCAGAUCUUGCAGGAGCUCUACGCCACUCAAAAGACCCUGACGCGUCAGGUGUCCCAGGUGAAGCGUUGGGAGGGGACAUGUGAUGGAGGGACAGGUCGGAGGUCACACAGACACAGAGACUCUCUGGACAUCACAGACGAGGAGCUGGGCACCAGCAUAGACACAAUUGCCAUUAAGAAGCACAGCUCUAGAACUAGGCGAAUACGACCUGUUUCAACCAGACUGAGCCUGUGUGAUGACUCCAGCUCCUCCCCGCCCCCCUCUACGUCCUCUUCUUUCUCAGCCCUCUCUCGCUCCGCAUCCUGUGAGGGGCUGUCUGAACUCCCUACCCAGGGUGCACCUCUACAUCAUGUGACGCGGGUUAGGCCGAGGCCCCCACGGAGACACCGAGCAGGACACGCCCCCUCUGACACACAUUGCACUGAAAAUGGAGCUGUCACUCCUCUUGAUGAUGGACUCCCAGAUUUCUACUCCAAGAGAGUUCUCCCUGAUAGUCAGUUGUCCUCUCUCCAUAAAGCCCACUCUCUCAGGCGAAAGAAAAGACGCAAUAUGCUGGCCAUCUUUGGUUUCCGUAGGAACCGCAACUCAACUCUCUCCAAUCAGGGGCCAGAGUCUGGCGGAGAUGGGUGUGGGGAGGAGUGUCACACUGUUGCCACGGCACCCACAGGGACAGCCACUGAGAAUGUCUACACGCUGCUGCAGCCCCCUCGUUCUGCUGCCAGGGCCUGCUCUCCUGGUGAGGGGGCUGAUGGGAAGGUGGAGGACCAGAGGGGGGAAGAGCCAGUAGGCCUGAGCCUGCAGCCACUGCAGAGCAUACCACCACAGCCUGGCAUGCCGGGCAGCAGACACCCCUUCUACUCACCCAGCCAGCCAUCAAAGCUAGAGACAGCGCACGAGCAACCUGCAGAUACUGACAGACAUUGGUCAGAGGACAGACAGGUGGACAGACAGUGGACAGAGGGGCUUCACACAGACAGAGAGAGGACAUUAAUAAGACCAGCUGACAGACACUCUGACCGGCACUGGACCGAGGACAAACUGUCAGACAAAACAUGGACAGAGGGAAGAACAGCAGAGAGACAGAUGGACAGAUAUUGGACAGAGAGCAGGCAUGCAGAUAGACUCAUGGAAAGACAGUGGACAGUUGACAGACACACACAGAGACAGAUCGACAGACAGUUUGAUCGAGAUAGACAGUGGACGGUGAGCAGACAACAGACAGACAGAAAGUGGGCAGAGGGACGACUGACAGACAUACAGAUAGACAGACAGUGGAUAGAGAGCAGGCAGUCAGGCAGACAGUCUGACAGACAAGCCCAGGGACAACAUCUGGCUCAGAGGCCUCUGCCCCCUUACCCAUCAGACAGGACUCCAUCACCUAAAAGUGAGACUGACUCCCAGAAAAACAUGGAGGCAACUGUGGACAGACAGAAGUACUCUGACACACAGACAGAUAGACAUCUGCACUCAGACACUGCUGUAGGACAGGUGGAAGGGUGGAGGGGUGGAGGAGAGGUUCCCCCUGGACGGGUUUCUAUGAAUGCAUCUAAACCAGACCCUCCUCCCCAAAGCAGCAAACCCAUCCAGUCCAAACUGAGACAGAGACAUCUACAGGAGAGCUCUGGUGCAGAGGAGGAAGCAGACGGAGAUAGGGAUGGUGGAAGAAUGGAAAGGAAAGAGAGAGAUCGAGGCAGAGAUGCAGAGGGACAGCCACCUCCCAUUCCUGAAAAGCCAAAGACAUCCUAUGUGUCUUCUCCAAUUGAGUAUGCAAAUGAAAGGCCGAUCCCACAUCUUGCACCAUCUGCAUUCAACAAGCCAGUGCUGGGAUUGGCUGACAGGGCUUUCAGUCAAGGUGAGGAAGCAGUGAGACCUCAAGCCCCAGUGAAACCCCAGAGGACCAGAAAGGCUAUGUCUUGUGACACAGACAGCGUCAACUCAGCGUCUGUUAACAGAGAGCUGUUGUAAUGUCGAUGGAAUUAAGCUGCUUCAGACCAACCAACCAGAGGGUUGUCAUGACAACUGGGCAGCAUUUUGUCCGAUGUGGAAGAGGAGAAAUAUGCGAGGGAGAAACUAGACUCUAGAGAGAGAGAGGGAACACACGAAUACAGAGAGAGAAAGGGAGAGAGGGGGAGGGGAAGAUAAAUGUCUUAGAGUGCAAAAUGAUACGGACAUCGCUAAGCAUAACUUACCUACUGCGGUAUUAUUGGAACACACACAUGCUAUUCCUAGUCGGUCUCUGUCUGUCCCUUGCCCUCACUGUCUGCUUUCCUGUCAUCUCAAUGGAAACCUGCUGAACUGUUUUGCAGCUAUUCGAAUGGUGUUUGCUACUUUUGAAAAACUACUGAAUUGUUGUCUGCACUUACAAAAUGGCUAAAACACUGUCAUGCUAUAAUGCUAAGGGGCCAAACAUUGGAGCAUUUUUGAUGUCAUUAUUGAGAGUUACACUUUAUUUUGUAUUAUUAUUGUUUAUGUAAACUAAGCUAUGUGGCUAAGCUCGACUAAAGAAAGGAAUGUGUCUAUUAGAAUGUUAUUUCUAAAUCUGCAAUGCAAUUUGACUGCUGUGAACGUUGAUUGCCAUAGUUGAAACUUGAGAAUGAGUUGUUGCAUAUUAUUAAAUGAAAUAUUUAUAUCUAGUUCUGCUUUCAUGGACUGAAAGGUAAUAUAUUUUAUAGAAAAAUUCAAUAAAAAAAUAUUGUAUGAGUAUACCCUAUGAAUGAAUAAAAAUGCUGUACUGGAA